AUGCAGCUGAAUCGCCUCUGCAUCGUUUUACCACCAAAAUCUGGUGAAAUGGUAGUGCCAAUUGAAAAGGGUGUCCAAGAAGAACCCUUUCAAACACCAAAGAAACAAGUUGAGGCCAAACAGCCUCACAGGGCAUGUGGGGGGCAAGUUCUUGCUUUGCUUCGUGAUUCUUUGGGCAAGUUGUAUGACUCAGGGUGGUGGAGAAUUUGCCAAAAGGGAGAGCACAAAGAGAAGCACAGCUCUGGUGUGUUGUUUCAUGACAUGGAUGGUGUGCAAGUUUCGGUCAACAUUGGCAGGGACAACCCAAGAAUUUUCAGCUACGCAGAGCUGUUCAUAGGGUCCAAUGGUUUCAGUGAAGACCAAGUACUAGGGAGUGGAGGGUUUGGCAAAGUGUACAGGGCCGUUUUGCCUAGUGAUGGAACUGUGGUUGCUGUGAAGUGCUGUUUGGCAGGGAAAGGAAAGCAGUUUGAGAAGAGUUUUGCAGCAGAGUUAGCAGCUGUGGCUGAUCUUCGCCACAAAAAUCUUGUGAGGCUGAGGGGCUGGUGUGUCAAUGAAGAUCAGUUGCAUCUUGUUUAUGACUACAUGCCAAACCGAAGCCUCGAUCGUGUACUAUUUCGCAGGCAUGAGCACUUGAAGCCUAAGCCUCUUGAAUGGGGACAAAGAGGGAAGAUUGUGAAAGGUUUGGCAGCUGCAUUGUACUAUCUCCAUGAGCAACUAGAGACUCAAAUCAUUCACAGGGAUGUUAAGACAAGCAAUGUGAUGCUUGAUUCCCAUUACAAUGCUCGGUUGGGUGACUUUGGCAUGGCAAGGUGGCUAGAGCAUGAGCUUGAGUAUGAGUAUAAGUAUAACAAUAGGAAAACAAUAUCAAUCAGAAGUGGUAAUUUCAGAUUGGGAGAGACAUCAAGAAUUGGGGGCACAAUUGGGUAUCUUCCACCUGAAAGCUUGCAGAAACCAAGUCAUGCUACAUCCAAAUCUGAUGUCUUCAGUUUUGGGAUUGUUGUGCUAGAGGUGGCGUCUGGAAGGAGAGCAAUUGAUCUCACGCACCCAGAUGAACAAAUCAUUUUGCUUGACUGGAUUAGAAGGCUUUGUGAUGAAGGGAAGCUUCUGGAAGCAGCUGAUACAAGGUUACCAGAUGGAUCCUACAAGCUUUCAGAGAUGCAGCAUUUCAUUCACAUAGGCCUCCUCUGCACACUCCAUGAUCCACAAUUGAGGCCAAGCAUGAAAUGGGUUGUGGAAGCUCUUUCUGACAUUUCUAUUAAGCUACCAUCACUACCUUCUUUUCUUUCCCACCCUUUAUACAUCUCUUUGUCUUCCCCAUCUGAUACUAGUCAUAGUCCUAGCAGCACAAGUGGCACUACGUCUACCACAGGAAAUGCUAGCAUAAACACCAACUAUACCUCAUCAAACUACGUCACAGCUGCAGGUGAAACUGUGUACGUAACUGCUGAGUAUAAAAACAGUGGAAUAAUCUCUUCUAAGAGCAUGUACCGCCAGCAACCAUUUCCUGUGGUUGAAACUCCGAGAGAAAUUUCAUACAAGGAGAUUGUUUCUGCUACACAUAACUUCUCAGAUUCAAGAAGGGUGGCGGAGCUAGACUUUGGAACUGCUUACCAUGGCAUCCUUGAUGACAAAUGCCAUGUUUUGGUGAAACGCCUUGGGAUGAAGACAUGUCCUGCAUUGCGUGAUAGAUUCUCCACUGAACUCCGGAAUUUGGGACGGCUUCGCCAUAGAAAUUUGGUUCAACUUCGGGGAUGGUGCACUGAGCAAGGAGAGAUGCUUGUUAUUUAUGAUUACUCAGCAAGUAGAAUUCUCAGCCAGCUGCUUAUGCAUCAUAACAAUGAACACAGAAGUCGGGCUUCUGUCCUCCAAUGGCAUCACAGGUACAGCAUAGUGAAAGCACUGGCCUCUGCAGUACUCUAUCUACAUGAGGAAUGGGAUGAACAAGUGAUCCACAGAAACAUUACCUCUUCAGCUGUCAUUCUUGAACAAGAUAUGAAUCCAAGACUCAGCUCUUUUGCUCUUGCAGAAUUUUUGUCAAGGAAUGAGCAUGGUCAUCAUGUAGUUGCUGACACUAGAAAAUCUGUUCGUGGGAUUUUCGGCUACAUGUCACCAGAAUACGUGGAAUCAGGUGAAGCAACCACUGAAGCUGAUGUUUAUAGUUUUGGUGUGGUGGUGCUUGAAAUUGUCAGUGGACAGAUGGCAGUAGAUUUCAGGCAACCAGAGGUGCUUUUGGUGAAGAAGGUUCACGAAUUUGAGAUGAGAAAACGACCAUUGAAGGAACUAGCUGACAUUAGACUCAAUGGAGAAUACAAUGACCAAGAAUUGAUGAGAUUAUUAAGGUUAGGAAUUGCUUGCACCCGUUGUAACCCGCAGUUAAGACCAAGCAUGAGACAAAUAGUAAGCAUCCUUGAUGGCAACGACAAAUUACUUGUCCAGAAUAACAAGGAGAGCAGGGAAGAAUGGAGAGAAAGAAAUUAUUCUUCUUUGUCAAUGAUUAAGAGAAUCCAAGCUCUUGGAAUACAGUAA